CAGGAACAUGCAUUAGGCACAGAGCUAUGUGACCCACAAUUAGUUUGUUUCUAAACUGGAGUCACCCUACCACAUUUCCAUUUUCUUUCAUUGCUUUCCUCCGAGGCCUCUUCCCAAAACAUUUAUUUCAUCUAUGAUAAUAAUUAAACAAGGUGAGGUAUUUGUCACAUUACCUCCACUUUCAUAGGCUACAACAAGCCUCUUUGAUAAUUUCCUCUGAAUUUUGUUUAAAUAGCAGGGGGAACCUCCCCGGGCAUGGUGACACAUCUGAUCCUCUUUAUUGGGGCUAACAUCCCCCAAAUACAUAAGACAUCUCAAACCCUGAAGCACAGAAAAUAAUCCACGUCUGUUUCGGUUCAAAGAGGGGCUUGUUCCAGCCGUCCAAUUAUGAGAUGAAAGAUUCCAUUUGAAAUACACACUCUGUUGUCGCGGAGUCAGACCUGGAAUUUGUCGUUUAAUGAAUUUUAAAGGCAACUGAAUAUGAUUCCCCCUGGUUUGCCCUGCUGGUUGUCAGAGUCAGAGUUCAAAUGGGUCUGUUAAUAUCUCCUGGCCCUCUCUUUUCUCAGGCAUGUUGCCCCCACAGAACUUUAAGAGGAAAUAUGACAUCCUCCUCUCCACGUGAUAAAGUCUUUCAUCAAGAGAUCCAUUUACUAGCAGGCAUCUACCAUUCUCACAGCAUCAUGACUGAAGAAAGCCAGAAAAUGUCCUACCAGAUCGUUGCGAUGAUUUUAGUCUGUCUACAGAUGACUGCUUCACAGGAAGGGAUCUGGAUCCAACAGAGCCCGGCCCAGAUUGAACUGACCCCUGGAAAAUCUGCACGGAUAGACUGUAAGCUCUCAGCCGGGAUAGCAGCUGUAUUGUGGUACAAAGAACUUCAGAAUGGAAGCUUGCAUGGGAUUUUCCAGAGUUAUAAGAAUGCACCUGCACAAGGAAAAUACUCGAGUGAGGUGAACGAGGCAUCGGACACAUUUUCUCUGAUUAUCAAGGACGCACAAAGAAACGACUCCGGGGUGUAUUACUGUGGCCUAGCUGCAUAUGCAUAUCCGAACUUCGGGAGUGGGACCAGACUAAUUGUCACAGAUGCCUCUGAGACAAGACUUUCCCUCCUGGUUCCCUCCACCUGGGAGGACACUGAGCUUCCCCACGAUGUGCCCCUGCUCUGCCUGAUCUCGGAUUUCACUCCCUCCUGGAGCGUUGUCUGGGACACCGGAGAGGGGAAUUCGGAGGGCCAGACAGAUGCUGGAGCCAUAGACGGGGAUGGGAUCUACAGUGUCUGGAGCCUAACCACAGUCAAGUCUGAGAGGUGGAACCAGGAGACAAUCUGGACUUGUACAAUCAAAGACAACAGUACGGCAAGAAACAUCAGUGCUACCAUUGCCAAGAACACAGAUGAGGCCGGGGAAGGAAUCUGUGAUUAUGUGUUAUAUUUGGGCCUGCUUUGUAUUUUCAUCCUUGUCAUCAUCCAGCUGAUGAUCCUGCUCUUCAGGAAGCGUCUCACCAGAGGUAACUUGUUUAUAACUCUACCUGCUCCACAGCAGCCCUUCAUCGCAUGUCUUGUAACCGUCCUUUCCUUCUUCUCCAGCAGGGAGAGCUGUGAAAACAGGGAAGCAAAUGCCCAUGAGGCAGAUUCCACAGGUAAAGUGGUUUUUUUAGUCACAGGCACGUAAGAAAGAUACAACCAAUUAACAGGGUAUUUAGCUAGUUCUCCUGGGCAAA